AUGCGCAAAGUACGAUAUCUCGGACAAAAAAUGGCACCGCCAAAGUGGGCUACCGUCGAGGAAGAGAAGUUCUUUCAGUCGCACGCUGCCAAAUACCAAGUGUGUCAGGCAAAGCGCAACUAUAGUGGAUUUUGGGAGCCAGUGUUCGAGGAAUGGUUUUCAAGAUUCCCGGAACGGCUUCGUGUCUUUAAGGAUGUCCCCCUUGAUGUUGAAUUGACCGUCGAGCAAAAGACCGAGGUAGGCAAGGCCGUUGAGCACCGUCGACAGCAAAUUAUGAAUAAAUUCAAAAACGAUAUGGGCUCAUCUAAAGUCAACCGUCGGACCAAAAACCGCAACAAUAGAAUGAUGACAGCAGAUGUAGCCGCAGCAAGCACAUCCCUGACACCGGCGGUAGCCAGUAAAAAGAGUAUGGUCGCUCAGAUAAUCAGCAGUGCGAGGCAUGUUCGUGGUCCGCAGGCGACGGAGGCGUUCUCGAAGCUUUUCUUCGAUGACAUGGUUAAACCUACUCUUAAUCUCGCCAUCGAGACAGCAAAGGCCGAAGCUGUGGCAAAUGCUGCAGCUGAGAAUAGAGAGCGUCCUGAUGAGGUCAAACAACAGGUGGCGGAAUUCGUUGAAGAAGCCAAAAAGAAGAAGAAGAAAGAGUGGGAAGAGGCAAAGGGCGCAGGGGUAGCUGACCAUCAAGUAUAUAUUGAUAAACUACCUGCUGUCCUCACUGAGUUCUUUGACGAGCUCCAGAGACUCACUGGUCUCGUUUUCACGGUUCUCAUGGGUGGCCCAACACCAGCAAUGGGCGGGCAGAUUGAUGUCCAGAGCUUUCAUGUUGGUGCGACCGAAAUUGGGAAUCAGUUCGACCUCGCAUAUCCUGAGUUUAACUCAGGGAUCAUGCGACCAUGGAAAGAGUUCGUUAAGCGUGUGUUUCCGGUGGCAACGGCGAAGGAAGAAGGAAGUGUUUGGGGUACGAGUCGACAGCCAACACUAGAGCCUGAGCCAUGGAGAGAAAGCUCUGAUGGACAUGUAUCACAGACACCUGAUACAUCUGAUGGUGCCUUUGGGAAAAUCCCACGUGAUGCUUUAACAGUGGCGUCAUCCUCGGAUAUAUUAUUUGAACCACUCACAUCCUUUCUUGAUGAUGACGACCCCACUUUAAAGGCGCUCCCUACAUAUCCUUCGCAUUCGACUUCUGCUUCCAUGGACUUGAACCUUGACGGGCUGUCUGUGGAAGGAUACCACGAAUUCUUGAGAACGUACGUGGCUCCUCAGGAAAUUCCAACACCGCUAUAUCCCAUACAUGGACCCACCCCUCCCACGCCAAAGCCACUUACACCUUCUCAGUCUGAGAUACAAGGCACAGAUCUCAUGACAGAGGACAGUCCUGCUGGAUCCCAUCCGCCGCCUCUCUCCGAGCCUACCUCUGCAGAGGACCUGCCAAAUGCUGCACCCACGAUGACGGAUCUCAUCACAAAGGUCAAUUCUGUUGAUUCACAUUUGCAUCUGGCUUAUUCACGUCCGCAGCCUCUCUCCGAGUCUACUUCCGUGGAGACUGCACCCACAGAGGACAAUCCAGCUGAUUCCCGUUCGCAACCGCCCUCUCUCUCCAAGUCUACCUCCGCAUUGGCCGCACCCUUCGAGUCUACCUCCGCAGAGGCCGCACCCUUCGAAUCUAACUCCACAGAGGCCGCACCCAUCGAGUCUAACUCCACAGAGGCCGCACCCAUCGAGUCUAACUCCACAGAGGCCGCACCCAUCGAGUCUACCUCUGCAAAGGCUGUACCCUCAGGAUGUACGUCCGUAGAGGCCGCACCAUUGAUUGACAGUCGUAGCAAACGAGUCCGGCAGAUUUCCAAGCGCAAUGAAAUUGCGAACUCGAUUGGGUCAGACACUACCGGCUCUAAAAAACGGGGGAGUUCUGGUGUUAACGGUGGAUACAGGAAGAAGCAAAAAAAUGCCUAA